AUGCGGUUAAGAUCCGAAAAGAAGAUGAGGAGAUUCCUCGUUGAGCAGUUGAAAGCUCGUAAACAAGAUGGUGCUAGAAUUGCUCAAGGGAAUAAGCUUAAAAGUGAGUCUUAUUUACAGGAACUAGGAUUAGCUCCACAAUUGUUUAUAUUUAAGAAUUUAUUCAGUGGCCAGAUUUUAUAUUCGCAGGUUCCUGCUUAUCACCAGGACCAAAUAGAUGCUCAGUUCUACAAUCCAAAUUGGCAAGAUCGAAAACCAUCAAGAAGACAGGAUUUAUGGAAAAUAAUGUGUGUUGCCAACUUCAAUAAUUACGAAUACUCGAAAGCGGCAUAUCAAGCCUUGCUAGAUUUGAAGAGUUUGAGGAAAAAACGUAAGGAAGCAAACAAUAUGAGAAAAAAAAACGAUGAUGGAAAUAUUUGGUAUUCAGGACAAUACCGGCCAACAUACUCGCAAGAAGCCGUUGCCGACUUGGCUCAUGUGAUUGACGAAUUUGAACUAGAUGGUACCAAAUUGUUUUGGGAAAACGAAUGGAGAAAGGGCGAUGAAAAGUUUUGGAAUUUAGCUUACGUAGAGCAUGAUAAGUUACCGGUAUACCCUCCACAACACCAGUCGGUGUUAUUGGAUGUCAUGAGAGCCAAAGCAAUGGAAGAGUUCAGUCGACAGAGGGAGCUACUUAAGCAGCAAAACUAG